UUUUUAAAAAAAUACCAAAAUAUGUCUACAAAAGCAAUUUUCGAAUACCGCCACAAGAAGUUCGACCAAAGGAAACGAAGUCGAGAUGAGGAUACUCUGUCAACAGAAUCACUGGAAGCUACUUUUACAAAUUUGACUAAUUCCACUCCGAAGCGAAGAAAAAUUCACAGCAGUGCCACUGCCUAUGUCAACGGCAUCCAAAAUCAAUUCCAAUCAUCGAGCCCUUCAGUUUUUGUACCAGCCUCAAGAAACGUCUACCAAUCAAUGGUUCAAUUGAUGAAUUUUGACAAUCAAAUGCCAAGUCUUAACAGACCAAGGACAACGUUGAUGUUUCCAAUGAAUGGAACUAUAUUCACUGCUCAUAAUAGAAUCAGAAUAAAAUCGGAACCAAUUGAUUUCUCAAUUCCCUCACAACAUUCACCACCUUCCGAAAUCCAGACUCAACCAAUUACUACUGAAGAAAUCAAAACUGAACAUUUAUUGGUCCAUCAAAUCAAACAGGAACUAAUGGAUCUAGAAAAUAGCCACAACACCGUACCUUUAAUUCCCAAAGAAAUCUACGAAGAUAUUUGUAAAUAUCGAAGUAAUAUGGCUAGAAAUUUCCCAAGAAAAGAAAGAAGCUCCAAGGAACAGGAGAGACGUGUUAAAAAUACUUUUGCCUGUCGAAAAAGUCGAAGAAUUGAGAAAAUUCAACAAGUUGCUACUGAAGAAGAAUACAAAUGCUAUAAGCAGACAAAUUUACAAAUGGAAGAGUAUGCUAUUAGAGCUGCAGUUUAUUUUAGAGAAUUGAUGAAGCUUAGCGAAAAAGUUCCCGAUACAAAUGAUAAUUAA